UCGCUAUUAAUUAUAGGAAAACACCCGUAACUCUGUGGUGCAAAAGAAAAAAAAAAGACCUAACUCUGUCUCCACUCUUCAGCACCCCAAUUUCUCUACCGUCUCACCUGAUAUUUUCUGCCGCUGCAAUAAGGACCACCGUCUCCGUCACUGAAUCCGGCCGUGAAAUCUGAAUACCCAUUUUAGGGGGGUGGAUUUGCUGUAAAGAUUUUUUGAUACAGGGUGCCAUGAUUUCGAGCAGCAACUUCAUUCAUAAGACUCACUAUGAGAUUCUAGGUGUGAAGGACGAUACAGAUUUUGAAGAAAUCCGUAAAGCCUAUCGGUCAGCCAUACUUUGUUUUCAUCCAGACAAGCAGCAAAAGGCAUCAGAAACAUCCAAUUCUGAGUGUCUGACAGAAAACAAAUUUUUGGAGAUACAGAGAGCUUGGGAAACCCUUGGCAACCCGAGGUCACGUGCACUUUAUGACGGUGAAUUGCUAGCUUUGAGACAGGAUGUAGCAAUUGCUGAAGAUGUUAGCUUAGAGGACCUUACAGUUCAAGAUUCUGGUGAUAUUAUAGAGCUUUCUUAUCCUUGUAGAUGUGGUGACUACUACUCUAUUGAUUCUUUUGAAUUGGCUGACACGGGUUGUUCAAUAUCCAGAGAUGGGUUUACAGUCUCUUUGCUGACAUCUAAAUCUUUGCCAGCAUCUAUUGUGCUUCCUUGUGGAUCUUGCUCACUUAAAGUCCGCCUACUGAUUAAUGGCGAUACUAGGCUUCACAGAGAUGUUCACUUGUAAUUGUGACUAGUUGGAAAACAUUAUUCUCUACAAUGUUUUUGCAAAUUUGAAAUGACAAAGGGUAAAAUGGGAAGUCUAAAAUUUCUUGUGCUUU